GCCAACAGAGUUCUAUGCAGACCCCGUUCUGAUCAAUCUUUCUCCGGCUAUCAUCAUUAUUAUUUAAACAGACUGAUGUGGUGCAUAAAAUGAUCGGAGUGGCUUUUUGGUUGACAUCGGGCUAGCUGUUUAUCAAAAGUAGUUGCGUCCACAGACUGUUUUAUGGCCUUUAUCCUUUGACGAUACAGCUUACGCUUCCGUAGGGGUGAUCAUGACAUUAGAUGGUUCCGCUUGAACCACUCCAAUUAAGUGUAUCGAAAAAAUGACUUUCUUGGGUGACAGUUAGUAUCUUUGCCGGCUUGUGCCGCAUAUAUAUGACAAACGGAUUCUGAUCGGUAUCAUUUACAACCGAAUAAAUUAUUUUUUUAACAUGAUGAAAAAUGGCAGAUCACAGAUCACAAUUGAGAAGAAUCGUGCGACCGAUCCUCUUGUGGUGCAAUGUAUUUUUUGUGUGGUCAACAUACGGAGUCCUUCUUCGUGCGGAUGCCGAGCCUGAUCUUCGUUUUCGACCCUUCGCAAAACCAAUGGAAUUAAUGGCCGAUGAACAUGAGUAUCGCCUCAUGAGCUACUUGUUAGACAAUUACAAUAAAGCUGUACGUCCGGCAAAGAACCACACCGAACCGCUUACUGUCACAUUUGGGGUCGCUCUUACUCAGCUAAUCGAUGUGGAUGAAAAAAAUCAGAUAAUGACGACCAAUUGUUGGCUAAAUCAAGUUUGGCUGGACAACAACUUAAGAUGGAAUCCAGCUAGCUUCGGAAAUAUUACGACCAUAAGAAUUCCUUCCGAAAAGAUAUGGAAGCCUGACCUGCUUUUGUAUAACAAUGCCGAUUCUGAUUAUUAUCACAAAGUAAUCAGCACAAAUGCGAUAGUGCAAUACGAUGGGAAUGUCACAUGGCUGGCGAGCACAAUUUUCCGCAGUUCGUGUGAGAUUGAUGUUCAGUAUUUUCCUUUCGACCAACAGAACUGUUCCAUGAAGUUCGCCAGCUGGACAUACGAUGGGUAUAAAGUCGAUCUGGUCAUUACAACGGAAGUGGGAGAUUUGAGCAAUUACGUACACAGCUGCGAAUGGGACCUGAUCAACAUGACGGCCAAGCGGAAUGUCGUCAAAUAUUCUUGCUGUCCCGAACCGUAUCCGGAUAUCACGAUAACACUGAUUAUUCUGCGCAAACCACUGUUUUACGUGUUCAAUUACUUGAUGCCCUGUGCCUUAAUCACGGUUUUGGCUUUCCUGGGUUUCUAUACUCCCAGUGAAAGUGGAGAAAAAGUUACACUAGGGAUUACCACAUUAUUGAGCAUGACCGUGUUCUUGAUGAUGGUGGGCGAAUCGAUGCCCCCCACAUCUAAAUCAUUGCCGCUCAUCGCUGUUUACUACGGGAUCACCAUUUUUCUGGUGGCCCUGGCUACCGCCGUGCAGGUCGUCACGUUAAACAUGCACCAUCGCGGCACACGCGGUCAGAAAGUGCCGCAUUACCUCAAGGUCGUUGUGCUGGGGUACAUGGCGCCCUGCCUGCGGAUCCACAUCGAAGGCACAUCCCGGCAGUAUCGUGUACGUCCACCCAAGCCCCCGCAUCCUGACCGGGGCGGCUACAUCCGUCCAGCUACACACCUGUCAAUGGAGAAUAUCAACCAGAACGAUACCGGCACCGCCGGCAAACUGGUCAUGCAGAACGGUAUCAUUCGAGCCGGGACGUCGUCUUCGGCGCGGGAUUAUUCCAGCGCGGCACAGGAGCAGUUCCAGUUUGACACCCAGGAGAACUUCAAUCAUCCCUUUCUGGACACCUUUGAGCGGCAGUUUCUGCGGGUGCUGAAUAAAGUCUACCAGACCAUAGAACGCAAUGAGAUGCGGCUAAGUGAGCAGGAUUAUAAGGACAGUUUGUGCUUAGAAUGGCAGGAAGUUGCCUUAGUGCUGGAUCGAUUCUUACUGUUGGUAUUCUUUGUGGCUACACUGUUCUUUUCAGGUAUAAUUAUUUUUGAUGCACCCCAUGCACUACGCCGUAAAAGGAUAUUAUACGAAAUUAUGAAGGGAAGCAUAGCGGAGAUAUCGGCAAUAGCUACGUUUCUAUACCUUUUGCAAGAUGUCACGAUGCUCUUUCCGCCUCCGAUAUCCAAAUCAUUCGAAUUGGAUCAGCAGUUUCAGGAGAUGGAAUUAAGAAUUACCGAUUAUAUCCUCAAAGAUUACAAUGCCGACAUCAUGCCAUCAAAGCACCACACCGACGUGCUCACCGUCACCUUGGGACUGGCUCUAAUCAAUCUUAUAAAUUUGGAUGAGAGAAAUCAAGUUCUGACGACAAACUGUUGGCUCAAUCAAGUAUGGUUUGAUCACAAACUCGCGUGGAAUCCAGCGAGUUUCGGGAAUGUUACAAGCAUCCUGAUACCGGCCAAUCGCAUAUGGAGGCCCGACGUAUUCCUGUACAACACUGCGGAUGCGACUUAUUACCAUCGAGCAAUUAGCACGAACGCCAUUAUUCAACACACGGGAAAUGUGACGUGGUUCGUUGCUCAUAUUUAUCGCAGUACAUGCGCUAUCGAUAUGAGACGCUUUCCUUUUGACCGGCAAAUCUGCACCAUGAAGUUCGGAAGCUGGACUUACAGUGGAGAUAAAAUUGACUUGGCACUGACCACAACAGCUGGUGACUUGAGCAGCUACGUUCCCAGUAGCGAAUGGGAACUGAACAACAUGUCGGCUAACAAAUCCAUCGGACCUCAUUCCUGCUGUGGGAAAUCUCAGCCGUUCAUAACGGUGACGAUCUCCAUGCGCCGUCUGCCGCUAUUUUAUUUGUUCAUGUACUUGAUGCCAUGUUUAUGUGUCACGCUGUUUUCUACCGUUGGAUUCUUCCUACCCGUUGAAUGUGGGGAAAAGAUCUUUUUAGGAAUCAAAUCGCUACUGUCUUUAAUUCUUUUUGUGAUGACCAUUUCGGAAACAAUGCCGUCAAGUUUUGCUUCCGUCCCGCUGAUAACGAUGUGCUACGGUGCUAGCAUGUUGUUUAUUGGCUCUUCCAUGGCCGUCCAAGUUUGGACACUGAAUCUGCAUUAUCGUGGAUCCCGGGGUCAGAAACUGCCCACUCACCUGCGGAAAAUAUUUCUCCAAUGGAUCGCUCCACUGUUGUUUAUGACACAUCCGGCUACCGUUAUUGGUCAAUGUUGUCAGAAGUUAAGCGGUGAUAGAAGAGCAAAUGCCGGUAUCUUCCGCACGCACUGUCCUCCGCACGGAAACGUAUACGAGCCGGUUAGGGAUCGAAAGCUACGACUAAAGGAAACAUCGUUCGGCUCAAGUAACAGUAAACCAAAGCAACAUUCCGCUGGAACGUCAAACAAAACCCAUCAUUAUGGGUUGAAACUGGAUAUGUUCCAGAACCGAAUUCUCAGCACACUGGGAGCCCUAUGUGAUAUGAUUGAAAAAAGUGAACGACGCGUCAAUGUACAAACUACACUGGAUGAUGUGGCACAUGAAUGGCAGGAAGUCGCUGUGGUCUUGGAUAGAUUGUCGUUAGUUGUUGUAUUAAUUAUUCUUGUUACGGUAUUAGUGUUGUUGUCUUCUACGUAUGCUUACGAUUAAAAUAUUUGAUUUAGCUGCGUAUUUUGCAAGCGUUUUUAGCCGACCAUCCUGCAACAAAACAAAGAAAGGCUGAAGUGCGCUAUUUUUAGAACAAUGAACAAUACAAGUCACUUAAAAAUUUUAUACCGCAGGAUAUGAGAUCUAUUACUAAUCAGCUAGCCGUUUAGUAAAAGAAAUUGGCAAACGACUCCGACAGCAUACGGGAGAGCCUUGCUCCCAUGAGUACCUCCGUCAAUGUCUGUCCCUGGAAAUUCAGCGAGGCAACGCUGCUUCCGUGCUCGGGACGAUGGAAGGAGCGGCAGCGUUAAAUGAAAUUUUGUUACUUUGAAUUAUUGUUUUGAAACUGUGAGAUCUAAUUGUAAGUAGUUUGUAUAUCGAUACAAUCAAGAUUCUCUUAUCAUGUUA